GGCGGCGGGCGGGCGGCGGCCCCCGGGCAGGUGGCGAGCGAGCGGAGCCGGGCGGAGCGCGGGGGGCGAGGCCGGCGCGUCGCUCGCGGGAGGCCGGUGAGCAGCAGGGGCAUGUGGAUACUGGCCCUCUCCUUGUUCCAGAGCUUCGCGAAUGUGUUCAGUGACGACCUUCACUCCAGCCUCUACUUUGUCAAUGCAUCUCUGCAAGAGGUAGUGUUUGCAAGCACCACGGGGACCCUGGUGCCCUGCCCCGCCGCAGGCGUCCCUCCUGUGUCUCUCAGAUGGUACCUGGCGACGGGCGAGGAGAUCUACGAUGUCCCUGGGAUCCGUCACGUCCACCCCAACGGCACUCUCCAAAUUUUCCCCUUCCCUCCUUCAAGCUUUAGUACCUUAAUCCAUGAUAAUACUUACUAUUGCACAGCUGAAAACCCUUCAGGGAAAAUUAGAAGUCAGGAUGUCCACAUCAAGGCUGUUUUACGUGAGCCCUAUACAGUCCGUGUGGAGGACCAGAAAACCAUGAGAGGCAAUGUCGCGGUCUUCAAGUGCAUUAUCCCCUCCUCGGUGGAGGCGUACAUCGCCGUCGUCUCAUGGGAGAAAGACACUGUUUCACUCAUCUCAGGAUCUAGAUUUCUCAUCACAUCCACGGGAGCCUUGUAUAUUAAAGAUGUACAGAAUGAAGAUGGAUUGUAUAACUACCGCUGUAUCACGCGACACAGAUACACUGGGGAGACGAGGCAGAGCAACAGUGCCAGACUUUUUGUAUCAGACCCAGCGAAUUCAGCCCCAUCCAUACUGGAUGGGUUUGAUCAUCGCAAAGCCAUGGCAGGACAGCGUGUGGAGCUGCCUUGCAAAGCGCUUGGGCAUCCUGAGCCAGAUUACCGCUGGCUGAAAGACAACAUGCCCCUGGAACUUUCUGGAAGGUUCCAGAAGACUGUGACGGGGCUGCUCAUUGAGAACACUCGUCCCUCAGACUCAGGCAGCUAUGUGUGUGAAGUAUCCAACAGAUACGGAACUGCUAAGGUGAUAGGCCGCCUGUACGUGAAACAGCCACUGAAAGCUACCAUCAGCCCCAGGAAAGUUAAAAGCAGCGUGGGUAGCCAGGUUUCCUUGUCCUGCAGCGUGACAGGAAGUGAGGACCAGGAACUGUCCUGGUACCGAAACGGUGAAAUCCUCAACCCUGGAAAAAAUGUGAGGAUCACAGGGAUGAACCACGAAAACCUUAUAAUGGAUCACAUGGUCAAAAGUGACGGGGGCGCGUACCAGUGCUUUGUGCGCAAGGAUAAGCUGUCUGCUCAAGACUAUGUGCAGGUGGUCCUCGAAGAUGGAACUCCCAAAAUUAUUUCUGCCUUUAGUGAAAAGGUGGUGAGUCCCGCAGAACCGGUUUCCCUCAUGUGCAACGUGAAGGGAACUCCACUGCCCACAAUCACGUGGACCCUGGACGACGACCCCAUUCUCAAGGGUGGCGGUCACCGCAUCAGCCAGAUGAUCACGUCGGAGGGAAACGUGGUCAGCUACCUGAACAUCUCCAGCUCUCAGGUCCGGGAUGGGGGCGUCUACCGCUGCACUGCCAACAAUUCGGCCGGAGUCGUCUUGUACCAGGCUCGAAUAAACGUAAGAGGGCCUGCAAGCAUUCGACCAAUGAAAAAUAUCACAGCAAUAGCAGGACGGGACACAUACAUUCACUGUCGUGUGAUUGGCUAUCCAUACUACUCCAUCAAAUGGUAUAAGAACUCUAACCUGCUUCCUUUUAACCACCGCCAAGUGGCGUUUGAGAACAAUGGAACUCUAAAACUUUCGGAUGUGCAGAAGGAAGUUGACGAGGGAGAGUACACGUGCAAUGUUCUGGUUCAACCGCAGCUCUCCACCAGCCAGAGUGUUCAUGUGACAGUCAAAGUUCCACCUUUUAUCCAGCCUUUUGAGUUUCCACGGUUCUCCAUCGGACAGCGCGUCUUCAUCCCGUGUGUUGUGGUCUCAGGGGACUUACCCAUCACGAUCACCUGGCAGAAGGAUGGCCGUCCAAUCCCAGCGAGCCUGGGGGUGACCAUUGACAACAUCGACUUCACGAGCUCCUUAAGGAUUUCCAACCUUUCCUUGAUGCACAAUGGAAACUACACCUGCAUAGCCCGGAACGAGGCCGCAGCCGUGGAGCACCAGAGCCAGCUAAUCGUGAGAGUUCCUCCCAAGUUUGUGGUUCAGCCACGAGACCAGGAUGGGAUUUAUGGCAAGGCUGUCAUCCUCAAUUGCUCUGCCGAGGGGUAUCCUGUCCCCACCAUAGUGUGGAAAUUCUCUAAAGGUGCUGGGGUUCCCCAGUUCCAACCAAUUGCCCUGAAUGGCCGAAUUCAGGUCCUCAGCAACGGGUCUUUGUUGAUCAAGCACGUGGUGGAAGAAGACAGCGGCUACUAUCUGUGCAAGGUCAGCAACGAUGUGGGCGCGGACGUCAGCAAGUCCAUGUACCUCACGGUCAAAAUUCCCGCGAUGGUCACGUCCUAUCCAAAUACGACCCUGGCCACUCAAGGGCAAAAGAAGGAGAUGAGUUGCAUGGCCCAUGGCGAGAAGCCCAUCAUCGUCCGCUGGGAGAAAGAGGACCGGAUCAUUAACCCCGAGAUGGCCCGUUACCUCGUGUCCACCAAGGAGGUGGGAGAGGAGGUGAUUUCCACGCUGCAGAUUUUGCCCACGGUAAGAGAAGAUUCUGGCUUCUUCUCCUGUCACGCCAUUAAUUCUUAUGGGGAGGACCGUGGAAUAAUUCAGCUCACAGUGCAAGAGCCCCCGGACCCACCCGAAAUUGAGAUCAAGGAUGUCAAAGCACGCACAAUCACCCUCAGAUGGACCAUGGGGUUUGACGGGAACAGCCCCAUCACGGGCUACGAUAUAGAAUGCAAAAAUAAAUCAGACUCCUGGGAUUCUGCUCAGAAAACCAAAGAUGUCUCCCCCCAGCUGAACUCGGCCACCAUCAUUGACAUCCACCCUUCCUCCACCUACAGCAUCCGCAUGUACGCCAAGAACCGGAUCGGCAGGAGCGAGCCCAGCAACGAGCUGUCCAUCACCGCGGACGAGGCAGCUCCUGACGGCCCACCUCAGGAAGUUCACCUGGAGCCCAUAUCAUCUCAGAGCAUCAGGGUCACCUGGAAGGCCCCCAAGAAGCAUUUGCAGAAUGGGAUUAUCCGAGGCUACCAAAUAGGUUACCGCGAGUACAGCGCUGGGGGCAACUUCCAGUUCAACAUUAUCAGUAUUGACACCACUGGGGACAGUGAGAUUUACACCCUGGACAACCUAAAUAAGUUCACCCAGUACGGCCUGGUGGUGCAGGCCUGCAACCGGGCCGGGACGGGGCCUUCUUCUCAGGAAAUCAUCACCACCACCCUCGAGGAUGUGCCCAGUUACCCCCCUGAAAAUGUCCAAGCCAUAGCAACAUCACCAGAAAGCAUAUCAAUAUCCUGGUCCACACUUCCCAAGGAAGCCUUGAAUGGAAUUCUCCAGGGGUUCAGAGUCAUUUACUGGGCCAACCUCAUGGAUGGAGAGCUGGGCGAGAUUAAAAACGUCACCACAAUGCAGCCUUCCCUGGAGCUGGACGGACUGGAAAAAUACACCAACUAUAGCAUCCAGGUGCUGGCGUUCACCCGCGCUGGGGACGGUGUCCGGAGUGAGCAGAUCUUUACCAGGACCAAAGAAGAUGUUCCAGGUCCUCCCGCGGGCGUCAAGGCAGCUGCGGCCUCGGCCUCCAUGGUCUUCGUGUCCUGGCUGCCCCCUCUCAAGCUGAAUGGCGUCAUCCGAAAGUACACCGUGUUCUGCUCCCACCCCUACCCCACA